CGGCCUCCCCCCCCGUUCUCCCUUCCUCCGGCACCCGCGGGGAGGAUGGUGAUGGUGCAGCCGCCCGCAGCCCCCGAGGCGGGCCGGGGCCGCCCUCCGCAGGGGCUGAGGGGAUGAGCCGUGCCCCGCCGGGGGGUCGCUAGCGGAAGGAUGACCACUCCCGCCCUGCUGCCGCUCUCCGGGCGGAGGCUGCCCCCGCUGAACCUGGGGGCCUCCGCCUUCCCGCACCACAGGGCUACCUUGAGACUCUCCGAAAAAUUUAUCCUGCUCCUUAUUCUUAGUGCCUUCAUCACCCUGUGCUUCGGGGCGUUCUUCUUCCUCCCCGACUCCUCGAAGCACAAGCGCUUUGACCUGGGCUUGGAGGAUGUGCUCAUUCCCCACGUGGACACCAGCAAAGGGGGCAAGAACCUCGGCGGCUUCCUCAUCCACGGGCAAGGGCACGACGAGCACCGGCACAGAGAAGAAGAGGAACGUCUGAGAAAUAAGAUCCGAGCAGAUCAUGAAAAGGCUCUGGAAGAGGCUAAGGAGAAAUUGAAGAAAUCACGGGAUGAGAUUCAAGCUGAGAUUCAGACAGAAAAGAACAAAGUAGUGCAAGAAUUGAAAAAGAAAGACAGCAAGCCACUGCCCCCUGUUCCUUUACCAAACCUGAUAGGGAUAAACAGCGGAGAACCAGCAGACCCAGAUAUCCGAGAGAAGAGGAACAAAAUUAAAGAGAUGAUGAAGCAUGCCUGGGACAAUUAUAGGCAAUAUGGAUGGGGACAUAAUGAGCUCAAGCCAAUUGCCCGGAAAGGACAUUCCACCAACAUAUUUGGAAACUCACAAAUGGGUGCUACCAUAGUAGAUGCAUUGGAUACUCUUUAUAUCAUGGGACUUCACGAUGAAUUCAGAGAAGGACAAGAAUGGAUUGACAAAAAUCUUGAUUUCAGUGUGAAUUCUGAAGUGUCUGUUUUUGAGGUCAAUAUUCGCUUCAUUGGUGGUCUUCUAGCAGCAUACUACCUUUCAGGACAAGAGGUUUUCAAGAUCAAAGCAGUGCAACUGGCAGGAAAACUUCUUCCAGCCUUCAACACACCUACGGGUAUACCAUGGGCAAUGGUGAAUCUGAAAAGUGGUGUUGGUCGAAACUGGGGCUGGGCUUCUGCUGGCAGCAGCAUCCUUGCUGAGUUUGGUACUCUGCACAUGGAAUUUGUCCACCUCAGCUAUUUGACAGGGGACCCUGUAUAUUACAACAAGGUCAUGCACAUUCGGAAGUUACUUCAAAAAAUGGAUCGUCCUAAUGGACUUUAUCCAAAUUAUUUGAAUCCAAGAACAGGCCGGUGGGGUCAGCAUCACACAUCCGUGGGCGGGCUGGGAGACAGUUUUUAUGAAUAUUUAUUGAAAGCCUGGCUUAUGUCAGACAAGAUGGACACGGAGGCAAGGAAAAUGUACGACGAUGCAAUUGAGGCCAUAGAAAAACAUCUCGUCAGAAAGUCCAAUGGAGGACUGACCUUCAUUGGGGAGUGGAAGAACGGGCAUCUUGAAAGAAAGAUGGGCCAUUUGACCUGUUUUGCAGGGGGAAUGUUUGCCCUUGGAGCAGAUGGUUCCAGAGAUGAUAAAGCUGGACACUAUUUGCAGCUUGGAGCUGAAAUUGCACAUACAUGUCAUGAGUCGUAUGACAGGACAACACUAAAGCUGGGCCCAGAAGCAUUCAAAUUUGAUGGUGGCGUGGAGGCGGUGGCAGUGCGGCAGAAUGAGAAGUAUUACAUCCUAAGGCCAGAGGUGAUUGAGACCUACUGGUAUAUGUGGAGAUUCACCCACGAUCCCAAGUACAGGCAGUGGGGCUGGGAGGCAGCACAGGCAAUUGACAAGUAUUGCCGAGUUAGUGGUGGCUUUUCUGGUGUCAAGGAUGUGUAUUCCUCAUCUCCUACAUAUGAUGAUGUACAGCAGAGCUUUUUCCUUGCUGAAACUUUGAAGUAUUUGUAUCUGCUUUUCUCCAACGAUGAUCUUCUACCAUUAGACAACUGGGUUUUUAACACAGAAGCUCAUCCUCUGCCUGUUUUACAUUUAGCCAACACCACACUGUCAGGAAAUCCUGCAUAUCGAUAAAAACAGCUCUAUGAAGAGGAAGAGAGACUGUUUUCAGCUCUGUUUUGUUUACAUGGACCACUUGAGACUUUAGCAGGAGGGGAGACAGACAGACAGACACUUGGUAAACCUAGACCCCCGAGUCAAGCAAGUAUUGGCAUGGGAAACGAAGCUCUUCAACAUAUGAAUAAGUUAAAAGUUCUGUUUUAUACAUGACCAAAACACGUGAGUGUGAUUUUUGCAGGACGGAGACUUCACACGCUUUGAACCCUGGCAAGACAUGGAAUCUACAGAUAAUAUUAAUGCAGCAGCACUAAUAAGAAAGAAAAGGCUUUCCCAUCCAGGGAGAGGAACUUGCUGCUUGCUGUUGCAAGGAACAACACACAGUCACCUCUUCAGAUUGGGUGGGUUCCAAAUACCUAGGUUUUCUUUUCCUUUCUUUUUUUCUUUUCAAAAUUUUUUAUGAUGGCAUGAACAAAGCAACACCACUGCACCAGCAGCAUCAGGAUUUGAAUUUCUUUCUGUACCUGUCUGAAUUUUCUAAGGAGCAUCUGUCCAGAUUGGCAGCCAUUCUCAGAGCCUCUUAUCUGUUAGACCUAAAGUACAAAAAGUAUUGCCUCCUCAUUUUCCCUUUUCAAAAUAAUGCUUAUAACCAAAAAGAAAAAAAAUUUGGUUUGUAGUUCACUGUCAGCAGAGUGGGCUUAGUUCAUUUGGCAAGCUCAGGCAGAGUCUGGAGCACAUCACAGGAGUAGGAAGGAGCCUAAGUUUCCCUUCCUCACAAAUUAUGUCACAUGAAAAAAACCAUUCUCCUCUUAGUCCUGGUUCUUUUAGCUAAAUAAACAGAGAUGACAGCAUGAGCAUAACUAUUUCAUGAUUUAUAUAGGAGGAUACAGUGUAGGGAACUAAAAGGAGCUCCCCUUGAGCUAAGCAGUGAGAGCUUGUUGCUCUGUGUUUUUGUACACAAUCUGUUACAUUUCAUUCUUUGGAUUCUAUUCACAGAAUCUUCUCUGCAGGUAUAUGGGUGUCUGACAGAAGCCUAAAACUGCCUUUGAUUUACUUUAUAAAACUUGCUUUUCUUCUGGGUGCUCCAGUACAAAUCCAGCAUGAUUUUUGGAAGCAUCCUGAUAUCUCUCAUGUGUGACUGGAAAAAGAAACUGAAGAGUCUCUUUUUCAUUAAUUUAUGAUGCUGCUAAAUGCAUAGGGUAUUUUCAAGUGCUUCAUGGCUGGGCUGGAUAGUAUCCUUAAAUGGAGUCUUUUUCAAUUUUCAUUUAUUUGCUAGAAAAAGUUUCAUCCUUCCAGAUUUUUUAUGUUUUCAGUUUUGUCUUCCUCAAUCUCUUUUACUGUUAUUCAGAACCCUUACAGCUCAAACUAUUCUUUUUAUUCCCCUAUAGAGCUCUCAAAUCUUUUUGCCAUGGUGACUGGCCCCUUUGCUGACAAACAGCCUUUAGGUGCAGGUUUCCCUCCUAAUUCGUGCACAGGUUCAGUCUUUAAAAAAUCUUGAUGAUGUUUUUGUACUGAAGCAAGUGGGAGAACUCUUUAGUGAGCUACAGCAGUACAGCAACAGAUUUAAAGGGAGUGAGUGCUAUUUUCCCUCCUCAAAAAUGUUUUUAAAUGAAGUUUUUUAUAAAAAGACUUUGCUCCUUAUCAUAUUAUAAUGCAUCUGACUGUAGAGUUUCCCCCCAAAAUUAAUCUUCGUUUGUCACUUACUUAGACAUAGAAAUCAUCAUAUGAUCUAAGUAAAAAUGCUGUCAGAUGCUUUUUCCCAGACAGUUUCUUUAGUUUAAGAGGAAGAAAACAUGGGGCUUGAGAAAAGUUUCAGUCUCAAUGUUUGUACCUUCAUACCAGUUACUUUGUUACUGUAAUUUGCAGCAGUAUCCUAAAAAUAAUUUGAGAACUUAUAAAGUAAUUGGUAUAGUAAAUAAUGCUGAUUUCAGUAAUUGUUUAUUUAAAAUUAGAAAUAGCUUAAUAAAUGGAUUCUUCUUACUGGCCCCACAUUAAUAUAUUUUUCUAAUUAUUAUUCAGUGACUUACUGAAGAACUAGUAGUUUUUCAUUUUCCCAAGUUCAGAUAUGCUGUGUUUUCAAAUUGUUUUUCUGAUCCUAUGAGAACUGUUAUUAGUUUAAAACUGCACUCGAUUGCCUUGUUCUCCUACAUGUCUCUGGGUGUAUAGAAGAAAGAGGAAAAGCAGGCCCUUCUGUUUAGAAAACAAGAAAGAAAGAAAGAAUUAAAAAUAAUAAAAACACUUUCUGCCCCAUAGACCCAUCCUGUAUUCCUCAUGUUAAAUGCAUGUGUAGAAUGGCUGCCAGUCUGUUCAGAGAGAUGUCAAGGAGUCCCAGAAACAGCAAACUUGCCUCUCCUCCUCCAUCCCCCUCUUGUGAAUUAAAGAGGAACCCUUCAAAUUUAACUUCUCCAUGAAUCCCAGUGGGUUAACUUGCUGCCACAGGAAUGCCUGAAUUGAAGACUAAGCCAUUUCAUGUUAUGGGAUGGUGUUCUUCUCAAAGCAGAUGUACAGUACUGCUAUUUCUUCUUUGUGUGGAUAAGCAGCAGGUACCAAAUAAAGGACACUUGUUUCUUGUUUUCCAGUUACCCCAAUAACAGUCAGUUUAUUCUCCAUCACUCUUUAAAAUACCAGCUGGCCUUUUCCUCCAGAAGCUAAUGAUGUGCAGAGUCUAUCAAAAACGAUGCAUUUUAAGGACUAAUUGCUGUGUCUUUCAUAAAUUUCAUUCUGAGAUUGCCUAGAUCAAGCAGAGUUUGGAGGUUAUGGGUUCUGGCUGAGGUACACACUUUAUUACCAAGCACCACAGAUACUGAAACUUCUAACUGAAGUGAUGUGCCCUCCUUCUGAAUCCUUCACAGAAAAGUAGGUUCUGAUCUGCAAAAUGGCAUUAUGUGCAACCCAAAGUUCAGACUGUUUUCCCUCUGGGUACAUAAGGUACAGUAGAAUGUUGCCAUUUCAUUCUGUUGCUGCUGUCUUACUUUCUUGAAGAUAAGAGUGUAAAUUUAAGCACAAAAAUGACUUUUUAGUCCUAGCUGUUUCUGAGUCUUGCACUGUACUCUCUAACAAAACAAUCCUCAUUUUCUCUAGGUAGCUGUCCCAUUUUACAACUUCUACAAUACCCUUUCCCCUUACAGAAUGAAAUAAAAAACAGAAAAUCAUGUGCAUUUCUGGCACACUGGAUUUGGGCAAGAGCCUGGAAAUCCCAAAAUUGUCUAUUUCCUGUUUGCAUGCAGUCAAAACAAGGAUGUAUGGUUCUUUUCCUAAUCCAAGCCUCAAAAAAGAGCUUGACUUUUCAGAGAGGCCAGAUUUCUGCAGCUUCCAUUAACAACCCUGGAGCUGUGCAUAUCCUGCAGUCAAGAAGUCAACUUCUUAGCAUUGUCCUCUAAAUAAAAAAAGCACCUUGGAUGAUAUUCUGAGUGGUAAUUUUGCUGCACAAUAUAGUCCUUCAAACUGAAUGUUCAAGGAAAGUAUAGAAAAUAGCAAGUGCCCUGGAGUAGAAGGAAGAGCUAGUAGUUCCAUUUGCCAGUCACACCUUUGCUGUUCCUUCAGCUCUUUGCUCCAGAUUUGUGGAUCGGUGAGUUCCAGCUCCCAAACACUGACAUAUUCCCCCACAGCAUUUUACAAGAUUUGAAUAUUGCCUGGGUACUAAAAGGUGACAAUAAUUACACACUCCUUUAGGAUUACAGGUGCACCCCCUAAGCAAAGCCCUGUUGGUAUUUACACUGCUAAGCCCCUGCUAAGGGGACAAAUAAGAAACAGGCUUCUUGAUACCAGAGAAAAAUGAAAGCAAGCUCAUGAUCCAUACUGUAGUUGGGAGAUCAGUUCACCCUGAGUAAAGCAUCCCUCUUUCAGUCCUUGAAUUUUGAGAAAACAGUCUUCUGACUCAAGAGUUUGAGUUGCCAUACAAAGAGGAAGCCCAGGCUCUUUUGCAAGUUGUGUGCAAGCUGUAGCAGAGAUGAUAAGCAGGAGCUGCUUCAGCUGUCAGCGCCUUCUAACAAACUGCUCUGUAAUUGCCCAGGAUAGUUGGGAACCACCAAAGUCAGAGGAGACAGCCUGACCUGUUACAGUGAAUUGUUGCCUUUAAUCCUAAUUGCUUGGUGAAAGUUGGAUUUGCAUUCUGCCUUUAUUCUUGCUUUGUCUAAAACUGACAGAUUUUUUUUUUCCUCCAAAAUAAUAAAAGGGCAAAAGUCUAUCUUCUGAUGGUGAAACCUUCUGCCUCUGACCUGGAAUCCUGCAUAUGUACUUUUUACAGAUUAAAAAAUAAUAUUGUAUAUAAAAAAGAUUGAAUAAAGAAUGUCUUUAAGUGAAGAGAA